AUGGAUUGCUUCUGCCUGCAUGAUAUUCGGGCUUCAGAUGAAGAGCAGCUCGACUCGGAAGGCGACCUGUUCCUUCAAGUUGGAGAAAACCGAUGCCUGGGCUCGCGACAGCAUCCAGGACAGGCGCCAAAAGGUGACGAUGAUCAUAACCACACACACUCCAUCACUUUCCGUGUCUCAUCUCAGACCAUCAAGCGAGUCACUCCUGUCUGGAAAAGGAUGCUUUCGGACGACUUUGCCGAGGCGAGGCCAACGGACGGCAGCCAGUGGAGAGUCCGCCUGCCCGAAGACAACCCUCACGCACUGAGGACUAUCUUUAACAUCGUCUACGGUCAAUUCAAGCACAUUCCCCAGAGGGGGGGCAUGCCUCUUGACGAUUUACACAACCUCACCGUCGUCACAGAUAAGUACGAUCUGACUCAUCUUCUUCAACCCUGGGCCGCUGGCUGGAUGACCCACUGGGUCACAUUUCUGAACCUCAAGGACGGUAUUCCCACCAAGGCUGUUAGCACGAAAGCACUAGAGAAGGUGCUCUGGAUAUCAUGGGAGUUGGGGCACGCCGUGCUCUACAGCGCCGUUACCAAACAGCUGGCAUUGCAAUACACCCAAGCUGAGGCGAUUGAGGCAAGGAAGUUGAUGUUGCGCCCUCCCGAAGCUUACAGAUCCAUAACAAAGGCAAGGCCAGAUCUCCUAUGGCUCAUGCUCGCACCAUUGCACAGAAUUGGCAGAGUUUCAGAUGCGCAUAGAGAAUUCCCAUGCACAAGUCGCCGCCCGGAGUGUGAGGACCGCAUCGUGGGCUCGCUGGUACGGGCAUUAGGCACACAUGGAUUAUGGCCGCUGCCUCUAUUCAACGAGAACAGCGUGAUAGAGCUUCGCUCAAUCCUGAUGAACCUCACUGUCAAACCCUCUGAUAUUCAUAUGAACUUGUGUGAUCCUACCAAAGAGUACAAGGCCAAGCUUGAGCGUGAUUUCCAGAAAUUUAAACUAGCUCAGCCACUGUCAGUCACCCAACAUCUUCGUCUUCAAGCAGAUAAAACGGGUCUGCAGGAGGUCGGGAGCUUUUCAUCGACGAUACCCGUGUUGGACGCUAUCGCCAACAGUAUGUGCGGCCGAUACUCUUUGGCUUUGCGCCCAGCGCAGAUUCGGCAGAUGUUACAGGAUGACGAUAUGCCAGUUGACGAAGCCCCGGGCGAUGAAGAUGACGGAGCCCCCCGCCAAUCCUACAACUUUGCGCCUGGGUAUCAUGGUAUUGUCUAUCGCGCCGACGUGCCGGACUGGGGUGCCGGACCACGACGUCAAGCCAAGGGAACUUCAACCAGCGGCGGGGACAGCAGCGUAGUGGAAGACCACGAGACCGCAGCACCUCCAGCUUCUCAAGGUGAUGACGAGGCCGGUUCAAAGGAGGUGCACUACAAGCUCCAGUCGAUGAAGUGGGGCCUCAUCCCCUUCUGGACCAAGCGCAACCCGGACUACGGCAGCAUGAUGAAGACCAUCAACUGCCGCGAUGACUCGCUAGCACAGAGCGGCGGCAUGUGGAACACGAUGAAGGCCCGGAAGAGAUGCAUCGUCGUGGCUCAGGGUUUCUAUGAAUGGCUGAAGAAGGACGGCUCAAAAGAGAAGAUUCCUCACUUUGUCAAGAGAAAGGAUGGCCAUCUCAUGUGCUUCGCCGGCCUGUGGGACUGCGUGGCGUAUGAAAAUGAGGAGACAAAACAUUUCACAUAUACCAUCAUCACGACGGACUCGAACAAGCAGCUCCGCUUCCUGCAUGACCGGAUGCCGGUUAUUCUUAACAAUGGUUCCGAACAGCUUCGAACCUGGCUUGAUCCAAAGCGCUACGAGUGGACGAAAGAGCUCCAGUCGUUGCUCAAACCCUUCGAUGGCGAACUGGAGGUAUACCCCGUCAGUAAGGAUGUUGGAAAGGUCGGAAACAAUUCCCCGACUUUCAUCGUGCCCAUCAACAGCAAGGAGAACAAGUCCAAUAUCGCCAAUUUCUUUGCCAAAGGAGCGUCCAAACCAGGAGUGAAGAAGGAGGUCCCCGAGCCGCAACCCGUAGUCAAAGUCAAGAAAGAGGACGGGUUUGUUGAAGAGGAUCCCAUUGAGUCCAAGGAAGGAAUCGCUGAGGGUAUCGACAAGAGCCUUUCAAAGAUCGGCGGAGUCAAGAGAGAGGCUGAGGACAUAAAGGAAGAGGACGAACCUCCCAAAAAGGUCACAAGAUCCUCAGGUCCUGUCAAAUCGCCUUCGCCGCAGAAAGGAGGGAGGCCUAAGAUCAGCUCAACGAGUAAUGGCACGAAGAGCCCCCAGAAAUCGAAGCAGGCUGGGGCGCAGAAGAUCACCAAGUUCUUCGGUAACAGUGCUUAG